CAUUCCUCCCUUGUCAUGUCGCUCGCAGGUCCCAGGUUGAGUGUCAUAUUCUUAUCCCAAGAUUCGUCUCUACUCUGCUCUGGGCCUCAGUGUUCGAGUCUCAGUGCCCGAGGAAGGAUGCUUGUCCCUCUCGCUGUGUUCCUUUCUCUGGCUCUUCUCCUGCGGCCGGGAUGGAGCCACGCCGACGACCAGAGCUCAGCCUCCGACGACAAUAUCGCCACUUCGCUCGUUUUUAACCAGGUGGCUCUAGCGCACCUGCUGGAAAAGGCAGCUGCCACCGAUGAGAAGAUGACGACUUCGAUUCAAAACAACACAGGCAUUGUCAUCAGUAUGCUUAAGGCACUGCAAGAAGAAAUGAAAGCUGGAGUUGUUGCCGAUAGUAAUCUGCAAGAAGCUAUGUCAGCAUUCACAGAAGAGAAAGAUGCACUUGUGGCGGAGCUGAAGGAAGGCAUCGCAGCUCAAGAGAAUAAGCUACAAACUGCUGCGUCAGAACUGGCGGCCGGCAUCGUGGCUGACCUCAAGGGAGUCCUAGCUUCUCAGGAGAGUAAACUUCAUAGUACAUUUUCCGAAAUGAAAGCUGGAGUUGUUGCCGAACUAAUGGAAGCCAUCGCAACUCAAACGACAAAUCUUAAGGAUUCAGUUUCAGAUGACGUGCGGGAGAUCUUAAUGGAUCAGCGUAUCCAGGAAAAUGUACAACACCAGCAGACUGUGACUCAUCUCAACGACACGGUACAUGAACUGCAGAGUCAGAUUCAGGAGCUUGAAGAAAGGCUGAACGAAACAAUAGAGACAGCUCAGGAGGCUCAGAACAAGGCACAGCAGCAAGCACUGUUGAUACAGCAAUACGAAAUAAUUCUGCAGCAGCACAAUGCCACGUUACAAAAACAAAACAACACAUUGGAACUGCAGAGCAACGAAAUACAACAAAAGGAAACAGAUUUACAGAAUCUGGAAAUCCAACUCGAACAGACAACACUCGAAUUAAACAGCAUCAUUCAAGAACGUGAAAACAUCCUCAAUGAGACUUUAGACAAAAUGCAGCAAGUGCACAACAAAUUACAGCAAAAAUCACUAUUGAUACAGCAUUACGAGAAGACUUUGGAACAACACAAUGAGACUUUGCUAGAACAAACUGACACACUCCAACUUCAAAGCGAUGAAAUACAAGAAAAGGAAAAAAAUAUACAAAACCUGGAAGCCAAAUUACAACAGAAAAUAGGGGAAUUAACCGCUAUUAUCCAAGAACGGGAAAGCAAACUGAACGAGACAGUAAGGAAGUUCCAGCAAUCUCAGAAAAAGGAAAAUCAGCAGACACUGUUGAUACACCUCUUCGAAGUCACUCUGCGCCAACACAACGAGACGCUACACGAACAGAACGACACCCUCCACUCGAAAAGCGAAGAAAUACAAGAAAAGAAAAGAAUAAUACAGAAACUCGAGGCCAAGUUACAGCAGCAAGAACAAACAAUACAAGAUCUGGAAGCAACGCGACAGAAUCAAAAGGAAAUUAUCCUAGAGCAAAAGGGCUUCAUUGACUCUAACACUUUGAUACUUAAGGAACAGCAAGGGAUAUUGCAACAGAGGCAGCAAACCAUUCAUCAGCAAGAGCAGAAGCUUGAGCAACUCUCGGAAACCGUGCAACAAAUGGAUGAAAAAUUGCAGCAGCAUACAGAUAGCAAGCUGCAGUUGGAGGAGGAAUUGCUGAGUAAACAACUGAUAAUAGAUGCACAAUUCGAUAAAAUCACAGAACAGGAGAACAUAUUGACACUGAAAGAAAGCGAACUAAUUCAACUGGAGGAGAUGAUUAGUAAUAUGGCCUCUCAAGAUGCAAGAAAGCCCCAAGAUUGUGCCGAUCUCUGGAUGCAAGGCAAGGCCAAAAGCGGCCGGUACACCAUUUAUCCUAAAACAGAAAAUGAGAGUGUGGAAGUGUGGUGCAACAUGAACAAAGACGGACCUUGGACGGCUAUCCUCGUUCGCUCCAGCGAAUAUUUCCAGCAGAAUUUCUCAAGACCUUGGGAACACUAUAAAAUGGGCUUUGGUGACCCUUCCGCCGAGUAUUGGUUGGGUCUUGAGACCCUUCACUCCAUCACGGCCCGAGCUCCACAGGUAUUACAGGUGACGAUGGAGGACUAUCAAGGGAAUGUUUAUACUGGUGGACUAAAAAGCUUCUUUGUAGACAACGAGGCAUCUGGGUACCGACUUAGCAUGAACGGCAGUCAUGGAGUAGGGGAUUCCAUGCUUUCAAAUAAUGGCCAAGAGUUUAGUUCAGUUGACAGAGACAGCGACGCCUUUCCCUUUGUGAACUGCGCUGAAUACUUCGGCGGGGGCGGUUGGUGGUAUGCAGGUUGCUCAGCCAUCAACCCAACCGGGCCACUGACAGCGAAGACCCGCCCUGCCCUGCACUGGGUCAUCUAUGAACCAACACCGCGCUUCGUCCGCCUCAGCAAAGUAGUCCUGCAGAUACAGCCGUUUGACUCUAGACAGAGUGUAUAGUAAAGGCAAAGAGUCGGUAUUAUGUAGGGUAGGUUUAAUGGUCUGUGUUUUGUGGGAAGGAAAUUAAGAAAUGCAAGGCUAAGUACAUGAUGCGAUUUUGUAUCAUGUGUUUUUAGUAAUAGCUCAAUCUAAUGUCAUACAGGUUUCUUCAUUUCCAUUGUUUACGGAUAUAUAUAUAUACAAUAUUGCUGCUGAACUUAUGUUUAAACUCUCAUUAAGAAAAAUGUCUCAGGAUUAUUAUAUUUGCUAUUCUUUUCUGGAAACCAUAAGUUUGUAUAAUAAUUUUAAUUUUCCUAUCCAGUCACCAGCUUAGAAAUGAAUAUAAUAAAGCAGUUGUGUUAAAGUAUAUAUAGAUCAUAAUUGCAAAUUGCAAUGAAUAAAGAUUACUCAAGUAUUUAUCUGAGAAAGGCGUUGUGUUGGUGUGGAAUUAUUUAUUGUUGUUACCGAAUCGAAUCACGCCAGAACAUAUAUACAUCUCUUCAUAGUGUAUAAAAGCGGCAUAUACCAAGUCAACAUUGCAUUCGAGAUUAUAAAGGUGUAUGCAAAUCUCUCUCUCUCUCUCUCUCUCUCUCUCUCUCUCUCUCUCUCUCUCUCUCUCUCUCUCUCUCUCUCUCUCUCUCUCUCUCUCUCUCU